AUGGGCUCCAGACCCUUCAUGACCUACGACAGCGUCGCUGCCGCCGAAAUCGCCAUCUACUCCAUCUUCCUCAUCGGCGGCAUCAUCCUCUGCCGCCGCCACGGCUUCACAAAGUCCUCUGGAUGGCGCUUCCUCAUCAUUCUCUCGCUCGCCCGCAUUGUCGGCAGUGGCCUGCUGCUUGCCACCCUCAACGAUCCCACCAACAUUGGCCUCUACGUCGGCUGGGUCAUUUGCGAGAGUCUUGGUCUCGGUCCCCUUGUGCUCAUGAUCCUCGGUCUUCUUAGCCGCGCUUUCGAGUCCAUGAGCCGCGCGGGCCAUGAUGUCGUCAAGCCCAAGUGGAAGAGAGGCAUUGAGCUGCUCAUGGUCGUCGGCCUCAUUCUCAUCAUUGUCGGCGGCACUCAGGCGGACUACCAGGCCACUGAGAGCCUGUCGUUCAAGGUUUCGUAUCCCGCCAUCAGCAAGGCCGGUUCUGCCAUCAUGAUUGUCGUCGUUGCCCUUGUUGGUCUCACCAUCUUGGCUGCGGCUCGCAACCAGCGCUACGUGUCCCAGGGCGAGCGCCGUAUCAUUGUUGUCGCAGCCAUUUGCUUCCCCUUCAUUGUGGUCCGCACUGCCUACUCUGCCAUCAAGGUCUUGGGCGAGGUCCAGGGCACCGUCUGGCUGCAGCUCGGCAUGUCCACCAUUAUGGAGAUGAUUGUUACCCUUCUCUGCGAAGUCCUUGGCUUCACCUUGGAUGUUGUCCCUGCUGCUCCCACCGACACCGAAAAGUACGAGAGCGGACGCAGCCACCGCCGCCGCCACCACCACCGCUCCAAGCGCCAACAUCGCGAUGAUCGUUACUAG